AUGAAAGAGGGACACAUCUCCCAUUUCUUCAAGAGUGACCACCACCACCAAUCACAGGACUCGACACAACGGCAGAUCGACCACUCAAGGACCACCACCAUCAACCACAGGACUCGACACAACGACAGUCGACCACCACCAACCACAGUACUCGACACAACAACAGUCGACCACCACCAACCAGAGGACUCGACACAGCAACAGUCGACUACCACCAACCAGAGGACUCGACACAACAACAGUCGACCACUACCAACCACAGGAGUCGACACAACAACAGUCGACCACCACCAAGCCAGAGGACUCGCACAGCAGUCACAACUACCAACCACAGUCGACCACCUUGAUCAUUACAACCACAGGAGUCGACACAGCAACAGUCCUCGACCACCUGCCAACCACAGGAGUCGACGCAACAACGGUCAGUCGCACCACCACCACAGGAGUCGACACAACAGCAAUCGACCAAUGAUCUACCAACCACGGGACUCGACACAGCAACGGUCGACCACCACCAACCACAGGAGUCGGCAACAACAGUCGACCACUACCAACCACAGGAGUCGACACAGCAACGGUCGACCACUACCAACAGCAGGAGUUGACACAGCAACAGUCGACCACCACCAGCCACAGGAGUCGGCAGCAACGAUCGACCACUACCAACCACAGGUCGACACAGCAACGGUCGACCACCUGGCUUCCUGA